UCUCCCAAGCGCGGUCUCGUAUCCGUCUCGACCAACAAUCCUGGCGACGAUCAGUUAUUCGUUCAACCUAAUAAUGGCUUGACUUGGUAUUACAACUACGGCCUCUCGCCAACUUCCGCCUACAGCAAUCUCACGCAAGACGACAUCGAAUUCGUGCCUAUGCAAUGGGGCGUCAGCAAUACGACUGGAAGCUCUUUCCUCUCAAAUGUAACCUCUUUAAUCAACAAGGGCCGAAAUAUCACGCAUGUGCUUAGCUUCAACGAGCCCGAUGUGAAUUUCACGGCGAGCGGCAGUCAGGUAUCGCCUGAUCUAGCUGCUGCAAGUUGGAUUCUGAACUUUGAUCCGCUAAGGAAGAUGGGUAUCAAGGUCGGCGCACCUGUCGUGUUUGCGUCCGAAUCGGGGUUCACAUGGCUGGAUAAUUUCUAUUCUGCGUGUCAGAAACGGAAAUCGAACUGCACGGCCGAUUUCAUGAAUAUCCAUAUCUUUGGCAACAUUUCAUACGUGGAAUCUUAUCUUGAUGAGUACAAGCAGAAAUAUCCGGGCAUGCCACUUUGGAUCACCGAAUUCGCGCUCUCAUAUUCUCCCAUUCUGGCCACCGAGACAUUUUUCAACCAAUCCAUCACUCUCUUCGAUAACGAUACCAGCGUGGAGCGAUACUCUUAUUUCGGGGCUUUCAGAGCGUCAGCGAGUAAUGUGGGGUGGAAUGCCUCAAUGAUAGACGGGGUUGGUAAUUUGACGGACAUUGGGAGUUGGUAUCUGGGGGGU